AUGGGCUUCAAAACACCUUUCAGGGUUGUCAUCGCCGGCGGCGGCAUCACCGGCCUCUCAUUGGCGAUAAUGCUGGAGAAGUUUGAUAUUGACUACGUGCUUCUCGAGUCACACAAGGACAUUGCACCUGCUGUGGGCGCCAGCAUCGCGCUGAUGCCGAAUGGCUCGCUCAUUUUAGAUCAGCUGGGCUGUUACGACGAAAUCAUAGCCCUUUUGCAAGGCGGUGUCAUACAAACCUUUCAUACGAGGGAUACCGACGGGAAGGCGCUCAUCACCACGCCUAAUUUCAAUGCCCAUUUUGAACAGCGCCAUGGAUAUCCAAUGCUGUUCUUCGAUCGACAAUGGCUCUUGCAAAUUCUUUACAACAAUGUCAAGCACAAGGACCGUAUUUUAGUGGGCGAGAGAGUCCAGGAGGUAAUUCCUAUUGCCGACGGUAUCGAGGUUCGGACGGGGCCUGGCAGCCUAUACCGCGGCCACAUUCUUAUCGGGGCCGACGGCAUUCACAGCUCAGUGCGACGGGAAAUGUUUCGACUCGCACACGAAACGAAGCCUGGACACUUUCCGGUGGGAGAAGAAGACCGAGUGCCGUGCUACUACCAGUGCAGUUUUGGUAUCGCCCAAGACGUUGAUCAUUGGCAAGAUGGGGACGAGUGCUUUACCAUCGGCGAUGGAAAAAAUUUCCUUGUCGCUCCUGGCCCGAGAGGGCGCGUGUACUGGUUCCUGUUCCGCAAGUUGCCCGAGGUGAGAUACGGCAAGGAUAUCCCGCGGUAUACCAAAGAGGACGAAGCAGCAUUUGUGAAGGAGAAUUUCCAUUUGGCUAUCAACGAGAACCUGAGUUUUGGUAAACUGUACGAGAAACGUAUAUCGUCAAGUCUCACUCCAUUACAUGAGGUCGUCUUCAAAAAGUGGUACUUUGACCGCAUUCUGGUCAUAGGCGAUGCUGUUCACAAGGCAAGUAUUCUCGUCCUUAAAGUUACUUGUUAG